CAUCCGCCGAAGGAGGAAGUGGUGUUCGGGUCAGCGGCAGGUCGCACGCGUCGACUGCUUGGGGGCGACAGGUGACAGCUGAAGGUUGUGCGAAUCUUGAGCCAGGACAGUUCAAACCGGCCGGCAAGUUGGAUAGCGGGGGACGGCAAUGUCUGAUUCGUUCUUUGGGUUUGAUGCGUCAUUGCCCGGUGAGGACGACGAUGGUGGAGGUAGAGGUAGAGGCGGUGGAGGUGGCGGAAGAACAGGCGGUGGACGAGUGUUGGGUGGCGGGAGCGGCGGUCGCGGAUCGGAUUCGGAGGAGGAGUAUGAUGCGCUCAAUGACGAAACAUUCGGUCAGGCCCGUGAAGACGAUUGGGAAGACUUGCACGAGAAUCUGGUGCGAAUGGACCGGCGAGAGGGAGCAGAUGAAGAUUCGGGGGCAGAUUCCGAUCUGGACAUCAACUUCUCCUCGGUCGGGAUCGAUAACUUCGAGCUGGAUAAUGACACGGAACCGGAGGCCCGUUUGCAGCUGGACCCGAGCGUUUGGACGAUGCCUAGCAAGCCGGAAACGCCGAGACAUAGUGUGCCGCCUGUCACUGCACAGAUGCCACCGGCAAUUGGCAGUGCAGCGACCCCAAUUCCAGCACCGGAUCGCUUUGGUGCAGCAGUAGGACGGUUCCCGGCUUUACCGAACCCUGGCAUGCGGAUCUGCUCGCUGGAAGAAAUCGAGCAAAACAUGAUCAAACAACAGCAGGAACAGAUGCGUCGCGGGCUAACUCCUCUGCCACGUCCUCCACCUGGCUUUCCAACAUCAUCCAAUCCAACCCCGACGAUGCAGCAACUUCCGCCUCCAAUGAUCCAUCGUCCGCUUCCGAUUCCGAUCGGAUUUCCUUCACCCGCUCUUAUGGGCGGUGGUGGUGGGCCCGGAGGACAGCCGGGUGCCGCUCCCGGUGGUCCGAUGGGUGCACUGUUCCCGCCUACCAACAUGCCACCACCGAACGGGGGUAGUGGUCAGCCCGGUUCCGGUGCUCCUCCCUUUCCAUUUCCGACGAACUUUCAAGGUCCGCCCGGAUCGAUGCCUCCCAAUAGCAACAUUAACAAUAACAGCAGCAAUGGAAGUAUGAACAACAACAAUGCAAGCUUCAGCCAGCGGUUGGUGGAAGAGAUCCAGCAAAACCAUCCCAUGUUGCCGCAUUAUCGACUACCACCACCACCCGGUAUGUUAGCACCUCAACCUCCGCUGCCGAUGGGUGUACCGCCACCGGGUGGCCCAGGUGGUCCAGGACCGAUGCCACCGAUGCCACCGCACGGAGGUAACUUUAAGCAUCCGUUCAUGGCACAUCAUCAUCCCGGGUUUCCGCCCAACUGGAACGGUCCACCGCCGCAUCAUGCCCCCCACCAUCCGCACGGUGGACAUCAUCAUCCCAGCUUUCCGGUCGGUCAUCAUCACUUCCCGCAACAUCAGCAGCAACAGCAAGGUCAUGGACAGGGCGGCCAUCACCAUCAUCACCAGCAGCAGCAGCACCAUCAUCAGCACCAAGGUGGUGGCCACCGAUUGCACAACGGCAAACAGAAUCGCAACUACGAGUACGACGAGUACGCCAAUAUGAUGACUGAGCGGGCAAAACACUGGCUGCUCGGCAUCCAACUGUCCCAGCUGAACAAAGACACAGCUUACUACAAUGACUACUACUUCUGCGUGAUCCGCGAUCGGAAGGAGCGCGAACGGGGCGGCGAACGGGAGAGCAAGGCCCACAAAGACAACACGUUCUAUCAUCCGUUCAGCCAGCAGCAGCAGCAGAACCAUCAACAGCAAUGGAACGGCUUUGGACGGGAGCGUCGCAAUUCGGAAAAUUCCACAUCGACCAAGGACGGAAUUAAGGAGAUACAGCCCCGUCGCUACAAGCUGGUGCAGUUUGAGAAUUCGCUCGGUAAGCUGCAGUGUGGCAGCGUUAUUGCACCGCGCAAGAUCAUCGAUCAGGACGUGGUGGUGGAUCGCUCGGUUGCGGAUGUUGGUGGACCGGGUGGAUCGGGUGGUGCGGGCAGCGCUGGCAACAAUGCCCCCGGAAGCACGGACUCGGUACACAAUCAGCGCCGCUCAAGACAGAUUCUGUUGCACGUGGAGAACCUGUACCGGCUGGUGCUACGCCUCGAGGACAUGUCCAACCAGCUGGCGAUCGAAGCGAAGCAACAAAUGAAGGAAAAGCGCGCCAAGGAACGGUUGUUGGCACAGGAAAAGCAGGCCAGUGGUAUGGACGAACAGAACAACGUGCAGAACAGUGGUUCGCACCAAAUGGCAACCGUGCCCGCAACACCCGUAUCGGAAGUUGAGCAAGAUACGGUGGAAAAUCUGCUCGAUCGUAUACUGCCGGCGGUAAACGCGGAAGGUGUUCUGCGAUUGUUGUCCGUGCGUAAAGGCAAGCUGCUGCUGACACGCAUCCAGAAAGCGCUUGGUGAGCAUUCGGCCCGGUGGACAAUCUGGUGCACGGUGCUGGCAACGCUGGUUGCGCUGCCGAAGCGCGAUCGAGAAGAUGCCGAGGAUCAGUUAAGUCCGCUGUUUGCCGAGCUUGAGCUGCACGUAAAGUACGCCCAGCCGGUCGAUCUGAUGCCACUGUUCGAGACACUGCUCAACACGGAUCAGCUGCUGUCGCUGGUGCCUCGCUGCAAGUUCCUGCUGCUCACCAUGCUCACCUUGAUCGCCCAGAUGGAACAGUUGAUUGUGAGCGAUUCAUCCCUCAGCCAGGUAGCUGCUCUGAACGGGGAAGCGAAUGAUGCCGCUAGUGAUGACUCCACCGCUCCACGACUCGUCUGGGCACGCUGGAUGAGUCUGCUGCGAGAGUUCGCACGUGUACUGGAGGGUGCUGCCGGUGCGGCAGUCGGCGCCAUCGGUAGCAAACCCCAGAAGGUGUUGCUCAAACUCGAUGCAUCCAUUGGGAAGGUUAAACAGCUCCGUGCGCACCUGCAGCGACAUCCGGAAUUAGAGCUGGAGCACAAGCUGCGCGCUAUCGUAUCGAUAAUCGAUAUUGGACCCGGCAGCAUUGGUUUUAGUGGUGGUGGUGGUCCAUCGACUUUGACCAAAACCUCGGAAGUAUCCGGCGGCAGCUCAACGACGACGACAACGUCGGCGGAUGCAAGCAAAAAGUAA